AGUGGCAGAAUGAGAGCCUUGGAGAGGAACAAGCUCACAAAGAAGACUUUAGAACUGGCCCAGCAGUACUUCUUGCCCCCAUAUGCCUUCCAGAUCCGAGUCGGUGCUCUGUACCUUUUGUAUGGGCUCUAUAAUACCCAGCUUUGUCAGCCAAAACAGAAGAUCAGAAUUGCCCUCAAGGACUGGCCUGAAAUCCAGAAAUUUCAGCAGGAUCUGAUAGACUCCCAGCAUUAUGAUGCAGCAUAUAUCUUCAGGAAACUGCGACUUGCCAGAGCAUUCCAUUUCACAGCAAUGCCAAAGCUACUGAACUACAGAACUAAGAAGAAGAUUGAGGAAAAUGAAUUUAAAGAAGAGUUUAAGGACCCAAGUAACAGAGUAAACAGCCUCAUCACUAAUGAUGUAUUGGAGGAACUGAUGAAUAUUCAUGACCACUAUCAGAAAAUGAAGUGCGCCAUUUCAGCUGACAAAUCCCAGCCAGACAAGGCCCUGAGCUUGAUAAAAGAUGACUUUGUAGUCACUCUUAAAGACAUAACCUUGGAACAUCAGGAAUGGCAGCAGAACAGAAUGAAAUUAUUCCUAAAUGCUAAAGAAACUGAUGAAACAGAAAAUAAAAAGAAAGAUGAGACUUUGCUGCAAUCAGAGGGUUCUGAAAGAGCAAGUGCCCUGGCCAGAAUCAAAUACAGGUCUUACUCUGCAGUUGCUGAGGCUUCCAAAUCCAGAAGACACCGUCAAGUGAGGUUGGAAUCUUCUGAAUCGGGGAAGUCUCCGAGCCGAAGUAGAAAAACCAGUAGGAGACCACAGCCAGCAAGGAGAGGAGAUUCUCCAGAAGUCAGAGGUGAAAUGGAAGUGGCAGAGGAAACUGUUACUCAGCACGUUGGGAUGCCAGUAAUCAUAGAGGAGAACUCAGAUGAAGAAGAAGUAUCUCUCCCCAAGAGGAAAAGAAGAUGUUAGAGGAUCCAGUUGGAGAAGCACUAAUGUUGAUUUUAAUGACAAAAUGUAAAUGUCAGAGGUAACACCAAGUGCUUGUUUUGGAUGCCUUUGAACAUACAAGAAGUGUCUGGGACCAGAACUACAGGUGAUGCUGGAAUACUGGUAGUGACUGGGAUGCUUUAGGUGUCUCAUGGUACAGCACCUGGUGCCUUUAUUCAUCUGGUGAAUGCUUCUUGUGCGAGACAAAGUAGCUGUGUCCUGUCUGAGAUGGAAAGAGAAGGUGGUGGCUUGUCAUAUUUAGCUUGUACAUGAGAGUUGUCACUUGGAACUCGUGUUGAUGGUUUUGGCUGAGACUGUUAAAAGAACAGCUCACAAGACAUUUGCCCAUAUAAGACAUGCUUGUAAUCUUUUAUCUCUGAACAUAAAACUAAGGUUACUGACUGCUGAUAAUUAGUGCAAUAAAUUAUUUUUCAUGGUUGACUUGCUCCA